AGGUCUUAAAUACAAAAAAACAUGCAAAACUGUCAAAAAAUUACAUUCUCUAGUCUAAAUCAUUCUCUAAAUGAAUUAAUCUCUUCAUAGCCUAUCUAAAAAAAGUUGUAGCUACUAUGUAAACACAGCGAGAAUCACCUCAGGAUUUGACCGUUUGAAUUAAUUAUUCAUUGUGAUUAUUGUAGGUGUUGGUUUGUAUGGUGAAACUACAAACAAAUACCGUUUAACUGGAUUUACUAGAUUCCCAAAUUAUGUAACUUCAUUUUGUUAUGGAAGGUUACUUCAUUGCUUUUUUGGGAGUGGCACAUUUGGUCUAAAAAGCGGUCAAGAAUUCAAAAAUGGCAAUUUUUAGCUAUAUGUAUUUGUAUUAUAAGUGCCUAACACUGCUAUAGAAGCAAUUUCAGCCAAUUACACGCAAUUUCUUCCAAAGCCCCGCCUCCAGAUAUAUGCCAGCCAAUCCGAUCACAGCAAACGCGAACGCGUUAUUGUGAUUCGCUAAAAAAACGCGGGCCGCUGCUCUGUAUCCAGAGUGUGUGGUAACACAGAGUCAGCUGAUUCCUCGCGACAACUGUUUGAUUUAUAUCUGUCAGGUUUCAGACAUAAAUUCUGACUAUGUUGUCUCACGUGACUGACGCGGAGGAACUUUGAACAUAACUCCACCUCCGCAGCCCUUUAAAUGCUCAUGCGUGACUUACUCUGAAGUUAAGUAUCUGCGGUAAACCACACCAAACGUCCCAACUGAAGUACCAACAACAGACUGCAUGAUAAAACAGGGCUUACUGUAGAAACCGCUUCCACCAACCCUCAUAAAGAUGUCUAAUUUUGACGAACUUCUGCAACACGCUGGUGACUUCGGGUUGUAUCAGAAGAGAAUCUCUCUCUUAGGGUCUUUGCCUAUUUUGCUACUCGCUUUUGUGCUGAUAGGAGUUGUGUUCUUAGGAUACACUCCAGACCACUGGUGUAAAACUGCGGGUCUCCAGGAGAAAUGCGCUUUCUCAGAGCAGCAGGUCCGCGAUCUGACGGUUCCCCGCACGGGGUCGCGCGGCGCGUUCAGUAAAUGCUUGAAGUUUGACGCGCUUUGGAACAGGAGCGCGCUUACAUGUAAUAUCUCCCUCGACCGGUCCAUUUUCACCAACAGCACACAUCUAUCCUCUUGUAAUGAAGGGUGGACCUUUGAUGAGAACCGGAGCACCAUUGUAACAGAGUUUUCAUUGGUUUGUGAAGACUCUUGGCUUGCAGACCUGAACCAGGUAUCCUUAGCUGGAGGGUUUUUUAUAGGUGCCCUGGUGACUGGAUACCUAGCUGACAGGUUUGGGAGAAAAUCUUGUUUUAUUGUGUCAAUAUUUGGCCUUGCAGUUUCUGGGAUAUGCAUUAUUUUUUCACCAUAUUACCCCCUCCUCCUGUUCUUUCGAUGUUUGCAAGGCUUUUUCGCCAAAGGAGCAUGGACCGCCAUAUAUGUGUUGGUUAUCGAAUUCUUUGGAUCAAACAACAGGAAAUUUGUCUCCGUUAUGUCCCGUACUCUGUACUCGUUGGGUUUGGUGCUCCUUCCUGCUCUGGCGUAUUACAUUCCUUCAUGGAAGAACCUACAGCUGGCAAUGACUCUACCAACAUUCAUCUUUCUGGUCUAUCACUGGGUUAUUCCAGAGUCUCCCAGAUGGUUGCUGUCACAAAGGAAGACAAAAGAAGCUGUAAAAAUUGUUGAGAGCAUCGCAAAGUGCAAUAAAAGAUCACUUCCUGAAGACUUUCAAGAGAUGGAUCUUCUGAUAGAAAAACAAGAGGAAAUUGUUCGUCCUUCAUAUAAAGAUUUAUUUAGGACUCCUAAAAUGAGGAAACACACCCUCAUCUUGAUAUAUGCAUGGUUUACCGGUGCAGUGGUGUUCCAGGGUUUGGUGUUACGUUUAGGAAUCACAGGAGAUAACGUUUUCCUGGAUUUUCUCAUCUCCGCUGUGGUGGAGCUUCCAACUGGAAUUAUAUUUUAUUUCUUAGUUGACCGUAUUGGCAGACGCCCUCUCAUGGCAACAGUCAAUUUUAUUGGAGGGGCUGCUUGUUUGGCUGUGCCAUUUAUUCCACUGAAUAUUUCAUGGCUGAAAAGAACCAUUGCGAUAAUCGGAAGACUGGCUGUUGCUAUUGGGAAUGAGACUGUGAAUUUUGCCAACACAGAACUGUAUCCAACACCACUCAGAAACUUAGGCGUAUCUGUGUGCUCCUCAGCCAGUGACAUUGGGGCAGUUGUUGCUCCGUUUAUUCUGUACAGAUUAGCUAAUAUUUGGCAAGAGCUUCCCCUCUUCGUCUAUGGGGCCAUGUCAGUUCUGUACAGUGGACUUGUGAUGCUUUUACCAGAAAUGAGAGGUGUUGAUCUGCCAGAAACUGUGGAUGAUGUGGAAAAUAUGAGAAGGUGCAAACACAAGAAAAAAGAUGGGCCUCAGUUUCCUGAAAUAAACAUUGUUCCAAUGAAAGCAGCUGAGAGAACAUCCUAGAAAGUAUUUCAUUUGCAAACAAUAAAUGUAAUCAGAACAUUUAUGGUUGAUAGCAUGUCCAGUACUGUAAUAUUAGCAUAAUAUCAUAUAUGCAAUAUGCAUCCAAAAGGAAAAAUGAAAGUAGAGAUGCGUUCAGAUGAUUUUAGACAUUUUAAAUGACAUAUUCCCAAACUUUUAAUGCUUUAUUUGUUGGCUGUUUUUGUUUUGUUCAUUAAAUGUGUCUCUUCA